CUCUGACCCGCUCAAAGAAGUUUGGACUUUUGCGGCGACGAUGCGAGGCUGAGCGAAACAUUUUUGACGACGCUCGCGAUUCCGACCUUUCUUUUCGUCUUUGUUACCUCGACCACCAACACCCCAUCUCGAAUCGCACCUUACACUCGCUACCAUGGAUAUCGAUCACGUUCCCACCGACGCCAGGUCCAAGGAGGUUGUUCGCCUUUGGCGAGCAUGGAGGACUAUCCAUGAGAUGGUCGCGGACCGAGAAUACGAGCUCGCUGAAGAGGAAGUCAAGAUCUCUCUCGACCGCUUCCGCGACGAAUACUGCAACCCCGACGGUUCCAUCAACCGCGCCAAGCUUCAAUUCUCGGCGCGUCCCAGCGAGAACAUGAUCCGCAAAAACACACCUCCCGUGACAGCAGCCAACCCCAACCCCAACCCCGGCGCCGACUGCGGUCCUGUCUGGGUUGAGUUCCUCGCCGAUAAGACUUUCGGCGUCAACCAGAUCCGACAAUUUGCCAAAUAUGUGAUCACGAACAACUAUAAGACUGGCAUCAUGGUAACACACGUUCCUCUCUCACCCGCCGCCCGCAAGACUCUCCAGAGUGUCGAGUCCGUCGCUAAGAUCGAGUGCUUCCUCGAGGAUGAUCUUCUUGUCAACAUUACCCACCACGAGCUUGUUCCCAAGCACGUCUUGCUCUCCCGCGAGGAGAAGCUCGCUCUUCUCAAGCGCUAUCGCCUCAAGGAGACCCAACUACCACGUAUUUUGCAAAAGGACCCUGUUGCUCGUUACUUGGGUCUGAAGCGGGGCCAAGUCGUUAAGAUUAUCCGAAACAGUGAAACGGCUGGUCGUUAUGCCAGUUAUAGAUUGUGUGUAUAGAUGAACAAUUAUGGAUGGGGCAGUCUUGAGAUCGAGUCGAAGAUGAGAGCUGUUGGAUGGAAAGGAAUGGAAAGGCUCUUGGUACGAGGACGGAGGCGUCACACUGCACUUGAAAUUCUAAAAAAGCUGGCGUUUCAGGGGUUCUAUGUAUAUUGCGCGUUGCCGCAGCAAAGCCAAUAAAGGAAUAUGAAGCAUUUACGAGAGUUACUCUUUGCCCUUUGCUCUGCGUAGGUAGAUGCGAGACUUGUGAAUACCUUAGUUAUAGUCUUGUUCUUCUAAAGCGACGGAUGCCACCAGGGCAUCGAAUUAUUCUGUAACCUUGCCAGCGCGGUGUCUCGAAUGGGCGAUUGUGUUGUCAGGCCAUUCAGGAUAUUCUCAGAGAUUGAACAAAUCAUGUCAAUGCCAUUAAACGUUAACUUGGCGUUUGCCGGGUAUAUAUAACCAAUAACCAUGUCAUCCUGACACACAGCCAUAAAAAUCCCAAAAUAUCAUAAUGCAAACCGCGAUAGUUGCGCGAAUGCCUGAUCUCCAAAUCCUGCCUUGUAUUGAGACUUCGCAUAUACCCAAGUAAAAGAUCCCUGCCUGCGCAUUACUCCUGCCCUGCCAACCAAAAAUACAUUCAGAGCCUGUAGCAUAAACGCCCCAGGCCGUAUAUAAAUCUUCCAAGCCAGGCCAAAUAAAUUCCAUAAAAAUCGCUGUUGUCGUGAGGUAGUCGCAUGUGAAAAUGUGAAGAUGUCGUCAAAGGUGAUGGCAGAUGAUACCAAAGAUUAUUGCCGCUAGUUUAGAAGGCCGCCGGGAUCCCUCAGCUCCGCCACGGGCGGUCCUUGCAAAUCGUAUCGCGACUCCUGUCGGGAUUGCGGUAUCGGCUGCAAUUCCGUUCCUCGAGGCUUGGACUUGGACCGACUUGACCUCGAAUUCAUAGGUCCAAAGAGGCCACCGAGGUCUUGGAGCAAAGCAGUUGAACCUCGGCGAAAGCCUCCGGAUCCUGCUGGUAAUGAAGGUGCUGGGGGCGAAUGCGACUGUGAAGAGUCUUCCUUAGACGACGCACGACUGUUUGCUCGAAGGCUCCCAGAACUCUCGGGGGGCACAUCAAGCAGACCACCAACGUCGAAGAAAGAAACUCUCCUUGGUGCUAUGCCGUUCUCACUUUUCGACUGGGAGAGUGGGUCGUGUUGUAUCAGAGAAUCAUCGCUGUGCUCUGCGUUGCUGCGUUUUCUCUGAGGAAAUUGCCAGCGCUCGAGGUCUUGAUCCAGUUUGCGAAGAAGAGGGGCCGGGGUGUAUUGCAGAGCACCGUUCUCGCUCGAGUUAUCAGGCUGAUCCUGAAGUUCUGGGUCAACGGUCAUGCCAACGUCCCGUACAAGGUCUUCAUCGCUUCCCCAGUGUCGGUGCAAAGUCGGGCGGCGGAGGUUGAGUGAGGGGUCGAGGGACUCAGCUACCGAUGAACGGCGGAACUUUUGCUUCUUCAGGCCGCGAUCACGCACGAAAGAUCCCAACACGAGUGAGUUUGCCGCAGCCGUGGCAAAAAGAAGCUCAACCGAUGCCAAAAGCGAUCGAUACUGCUGACGACCGUGGUCAUCAAUGAUAUGGGGUACCCGAUAAAGAGUGACCCCAACAACAGAUAGACUGAGAGAGAAGAGAAGCACAAGCUGUAUCUUCCUCUUGAUUGUCAUUCCGCUUGUCACAAUGAUCGGAAUUGGGAAAAUGACAAGCAACAAAUCAGUGACCACGUUGCAGACUGCCAUCGUGAGAAGCUGCACGUAUCCUUGACGGCAUUGGCCACCAGGAUCGGGCACAACCUGCCAAUAGUGACUGUAAGGGCGGCAUUCGACAAAGUCACUGAUGACAACCGCGAUGAAAGUAGCAACGAGGAUUAUUCGAAUGACGUAUAAAGACGUCUGCCAUGAUCGUUCCCACGUCGCUCGAGUCAAUCGGUGAAGGAACUCGAGAACUGCGAACUUGAGUACCCAAAGGCUAUGACCAGUCAGCGUCAAGAUCCAUAUUCGCGUUACCCUUUGAAGAAUGCGGAAGAUGAGCAACGUUUAAAUGAGGGCGGUACAUACGUUGCGGCGUAGAAAAUCCGACUGGCGAGCACAAGGCCGCUACCGAUGGCUUUUUGACGCAGUUGAAGGUCAGUAAGCUCAACACCAUCAAAUUGAGCAUUGUUGGUUCCAUAUAUGAGAAUAAAAUGAACGCAUGCCAUGCGAGCAUACAGAGGGAUCAAAGCUAGGGCCGCAACACGAUCUUCAGUGAACAGCCGUUCGGUACGGAUAAAGCGGCCUGCAAGCCGCAGAAGGAUAAUGAGGGUACAGAACGAUGUCGCCCACCAGCAAACAAGGAGGGUCGGUUUAUCGAAUUUGAAUUCGCGAAGAGUUGGAGGUUCUGAAUAGAGAGCCAUUCUUGCGUCCCCUGUCCGCGCCCGUCGUCCUCCGCAGAGGGCUCGACGAGCGAGGUAGUGAUUAAACGUCGAAGGCUAGAGCUUGGCCGGAAGUAUCGAUGUGAUCGUGGUGGGUGGUCGAAUAUGUCGUGGUAGGGUGCCAGGAGUCGACCUUGAAGUGUUUUGGUGAUUUACCUCAACAUAAGGCCGCCAGCGGUGGCACUCGAGUGAUAGUAUUAUCGACUCAGCGGGAGAAGAAUGCAUGAAAAUCGUAGACUCGUCGCUUCGUGGAAAUCGGUAUCAAUUUGAUAUGUCGACUAUAAUCGUGAUAGCCGGUAAAAACAGUAGCGUUGCCUUUUGAACAAGUAUCGAUCAAGCUUGUAGUUAUUGUUCAAAUAUGCAAUCGUGGAGAAGCCAAUCCAGAACCAAGGUAAAUGCGCAAUAUCGUGGGUGAUGCAGGUCCAAGAUGCAUCGGUGGAUUACUUCGCAGUUGAUCGAGGGAUGAACCAGCAGGCCGCGGCCAGGUAGGGAAGAGACCUGAAGGUAGUAUUAAGACAGCAGAGUAAAUGAGAAAGCAGCAGGUCAAGAUAAGAGGAAGAGUGGAGGUAGACAAGGUGCGGCUGGUCCCAAGAUAUUGCGGAGGCGAGCGAAUGUGGGCGAAUCGACUUAUCCCGGUUGGCCAUCCGGAAGGCACAGUCAGUUCCUGUAGCAUUGAUGGGCGAGUCUUGGGAUUGCGCAGCGUACACUCACACACUCGUACUCACACGAGCCUAUCGCCCCCAAGCCCAUGGUCCGUCAUCAGCGACCCUGUGCGUCCUGGAGGGAGGGGCGUUGGCCACAACCAUGUGGAGUUCCAGAAUCGAAAUGGGCCAGACAGACAUAACGAGACAGGGGGGUAAUCAAGCAUCCAAAGCACCGGUCGUCUUUGGCUUUUGCUCCACUAGUGCUGGGGCUGGACCGAUG